AUGGACGACUUCGUAGUAGCCGGUGAGGCCCCCGUGCUUGAUGUCGUCGAACAGUUGCUUUUGCUGGGUUGGGAACUGUGCGGUUUCAAUUGCCCUGAUGCGAAGCGAUCCCUCUAUGAGAAUCAGUCGAAGUUGAGCUCCUCGGCUGAACGAUUAUCGCUUGGGGACAAGGCUGUUCUCUUCAAUCCGGGUAAGAUCGGUGGAUCUCGAGAGUCCAAGCUCUCUGGUUGUGCCGCACAACUUGUGCGUCCGGGCCUUAUUAUGUGCUCGAGAAUGUUGGGGAUCAAUGCUAUCGUCUAA